CCCUUGGCACUUGUGAGGGAGCUUCAAAACUGAAGAAAAGAGCUAGUUGCAAGCAGCGAAGACUGUUUAUUUGUUUGUAAUUCUACUAGAGUUUGGGGUAUGGUUGCAAUCAUUUUAUGUGCCGUAUUUACAACAUUAAAUACUACAGUUUUUAUAUAACACUGAACAGAUGAAAUGGCUGCAAACGGGGCAGCGAAGUGCAAACAGUUAACCAGUGCAAACAUUGAACAAUUUCUGGACUCAAUCGACUCUGUCCUCAUUGACUGUGAUGGUGUACUUUGGAAUGCAAAUAACCCAAUUGAGGGUGCAAUUGAAACAAUUCAGACUCUAAGAGAAAGGGGAAAGCAGCCAAUAUUUGUCACAAACAACAGCACAAAAUCUCGAAGACAGUAUGUUGAAAAGUUCCAAAGGUUAGGAUUUUCUGUGUCAGAGGAGGAGAUAUUUGGUACUGCAUAUGUUGCUGCUCUGUAUUUUAAACACAAAUUAAAGUUUGAGGGCAAAGUUUACCUAAUAGGAGGAUCUGGGCUCGCUGAAGAGUUUGCAUUGCAGGAAAUCCCAUUCAUUGGUCCUGGGUGUGAUCAUGUGGUGGAAGGGGAAGAUGUUCAUGACUGGUCUAACAUUGAACUUGAUUCUGAGGUUCGAGGUGUGUUAGUUGGGUUUGACCCUUUGAUUACGUUUCGGAAAGUCUGUCGGGCUGCAAGUUAUCUGAGUAAUCCUAGCUUUCCUUACAUAGCUACAAACCUAGAUGGUAGAUUACCAAUGCCAAAUAAGGGUAGAGUUAUUCCAGGUACUGGUUGUCUGGUAGAAGCUGUAACAAAAGCUGCUGCUCGACAACCAACAGUUGUGGGGAAACCAAACAAACUAAUGUUUGAGUGUGUGAAAGAAAAAUUCCCGACAGUUGACCCUGAACGAACUGUAAUGGUUGGCGACAGACUGGACACGGAUAUUCUUCUUGGCAAAAACUGCAACUUGAAGACUCUGAUGGUUUUAACUGGUAUUUCCAGCUUAGAAGAUGUUGAAAGGAAUCAACAAAGCUCCUCAGAAUCCAUGCAAACACUAGUUCCUGAUUUCUAUAUCCCAUCAUUCGGGCAAUUACACAAGUUAAUAAACAAACAGUGAACUGAGAAGGACUAGAAGGAGCUAAUCAAUGUGUACUAUAUGAUCAUAUGUAUGACUGAUACAGUUUGCACUACAUGACCAUUAUUGACUUGUAUAGUGUACAUUAUAAGAUUGUUAUUGACUGAUACAUUGUGUACUAUAUGAUCAUUAUUGCCUGAUGAUAAUCUAACAGACCCCCCCCCCUCCACUCAUUAGUACACCCAAAGCCCAGAUGAGACUUUUUUUAAGCAGACUUCAUGUUAAUGAUCUUCAGAGGAUGGAAGAAAAAGAAAUUAAAAGAAAAUGUAUUUACUUAGCAAAAUAAUUCUACAAAAAGCAUCUAGGGAGGAUAAAAUACAUAUAAAUUAGUAAAGAGUUUUUGCAGUUACAAAGUAAUUAAAGGGUUCUUUAGCCUUCGCUUGAGAUCUCAUCAUGUAAUAAGCGAUGUGGCAAUGUAAACAAUUUAGUAAUUUAGACUGAUAAAUUCUAUUGUAUCUAAUUCUUGGGAAAAAUAUUUUUAUCAUGAUGUAAUUCAUGGCAGAAGGUUAAUAAAAACUUUUAUAACUUAA